AAGCCCAGAGACCAAUUCCAAAAUAGUCUAUACUUAAGGGGUCUCACUAUAAUUUUACCGAAACACAAAACUAACAAUUGCGCCAAUUCUAUCCUCUCCUUAUCCCAAACGGAUAAGCGGUGAUAAGCUGAUCAUAUUCCCCGCCAAAUCUAAAAGGACGGAAAUGCCCUCCGCCGCCGCCGCCGCGCUGUUUCCUCGGGCGCCGCGAUCCGCCGCCGCCGCCGCCAAAUCCGUCAUCGUUUUCUCCCCCUCCAAACCCUCGGUGCUCUCCCUCUCCUCCAAACCCUCCGCCGCAACCACGACGAUGAAAAAACCCUGCGCCGCGCUCUCCGCUCGGCCUCCUCGGCCUCGUCCCUGGGGUGCGGGCGAGGAGGGAGAGGAGGAGGAGGAGGAGGAGGAGGAGCGCGUGUUCUUCGACGGGGGCGCGCACUACGGGGACCUGGCGGCGAACCUGGCGCUGGGGCUGACGCUGCUGUGGCUGCCGCUGACGCUCGCCGCCGUCUCCCGCGCCUUCUUCCUCCGCUACCGCUUCACCGACAAGCGCGUCACCGUCGUCUCGGGCCUCGCGGGGCAGGACCGCUCCGACUUCCCCUACUCCGCCGUAGCCGACGUCAAGGCGGUCCCGCGCUUCAUCGGCGAGUGGGGCGAUCUUGUCAUCACCCUCACCGACGGCACCAAGGUCGACCUCCGCAGCGUCCCCAAAUUCCGCGAGAUCGCCGACUACUGCCUCUUCAUGGCCGACCGCCCCGCCCGCUCUGCUGCCGCCGCCGCCGAGAACACCCGCCCUAGAGGCCUCUGAUCGAUAGUAAGAGCCCGCACCUUAUCUAGCUAAGAGGGGUCGGCACGGUCCAGCGAUCUGUGUUUUUUUUCUGAAGUGGUGCACACUGCAGCACAAUUUUCGGCAUGAAGUAGCUAUGAUUGAAUCAAUUUUCUUUUCAAUUAA